CGUCUUCUUGGCCGUCUUUUGCAUCUGCACACCGCUCCCGUCGUCACACAAACCAAGGCGAGACUAAAAGGGUGCCAACAAUGUUCACUCGCUCAAAGGCCCACUGUGGAUAGGGCCGGCAAUUGGCACCUCUCCGUCCAUCCAGCCGGAGGCAACGGCCACUGA